AUGUGCAGUUUCCGUGUGGCGGGUGUAAACAGCACGGGCCUGUCCCUGGAGGGGCUGUCCCCAGCCACUGGAAGCGUGCUCAGAGAUCUGUGGUUUGGGGAUCAAGCAAUCUUAUCUGGAGUUUUAAACAUAGGAACAUGGAAGAAGCCAGUGAUAUUUUUGGCUAACCUGUUUAUUACACUGUCUGUCGUCUGUUUUAUGAUGUCCCUGUCUGGAUUUGUACUAGGAUACCACGGCCUUCAGCAUGUGCCCAAUAUAUCCAGAUGUGAUUUUAAUGUUUUCAUUGCUCUUUGUGUCCUGAAUGGUAUCACCACUGCAGUGUGCAUGCUAACGACUGCUGUGCAAUACCUGCGGAUAUUAGCAAACAGGAGAACCUUCCUAAAUGAAUCUGAUGCUGAAGACCAGGAUGUCAGUUUGGAAUCCCAUGAUUUUGUCUCAUCUGUGCUGCAUCACAACUAUUUUGCAGCUUUUUAUUCUAGUACUCCACAACUGGAUCACCGUACUUGCAGAGAGUGGAACGAAGAUGUUGCAGUGUUGUGCCGUCUGGACCUACCUCCUCCUUAUGAAGCUGCAUGGGUCCAGAACAGCUCUGAGCAGGAAGGUGCACCGCAAGUAAGUGUUGCGGAAGUUGUUGAUUUGGGGGAAGUCAGUGACAGGCAGGCAUCUCAAGGGGUGGUGCUCAGCUGUCAAGCUGAAACACAGGCUGAAGUAAAACAACUCUAUGCCACCACCUUGCAGAAGAGCUUGAGAGAAAUAACUCUGAGGGGAAAACUCCAGUUUUUGAUAGACUGCAAGUCUUCCACAGACACCAAACAGUUUGUGGCGUGGAUCCUAGACCAGUUCUGCUGCAGCAUGAACCCUGACAUAAUCAAACUGAUGGACAACACCAAUUCUGUUUUAAAAUCAGAUGAGAAACAUAUGGCUGAAGUUACCACCAGUGCCACCUUCCUUAAGCAGGUGAUGGCAUCUGACCAGCAAGCCAUGUCAUUGAGGGCCCAUGGUUUACCUUUCAGAAUGCUUCCUGGAUUGCUGCACCUGGAGACAUGUGGUGACCUGAGUACUUUCACCAUAGGUGCAGGUUGUCUAGCAGAGACCAAUAUCCAGAGAGCAGAGCAUGAACGGCCCCACAAUCUGAGUGGCAUUGUCAGGGAAACUGUACUUUGA